UAGUAGAUUCAGGGGCUACCCGCAGCUAUAUUAGUAGGAAGGCGCUGCAGAAGUUGAAGCUGGGGCUUAAAGUCCAAAAGCUAGCAGAUCCCAUAGUUAGUAUCCUCGCAGACAAUCAUACUAUGGUUGUAGAGGAAUAUGUAGAGGGAGUCCAGGCGUAUUUCCGCAUAGAGAAGAAUGGGAAAGUGGAGAAGGUCCUCCACUCCCUGAAUCUCCUCGUAGAAGACAGUCUCCCAUUCGACAUUGUUCUGGGAAUGGAUUGGGGAGAGGCAGCCGGGGCCACGCUCCAUUUGAAGGAGCACGAGUGUAGGCUCCCUAGUUCUUCAGGCGAGGCUAAGACUGCCCGCCUGUUCCAUGUGUCAGGCGUAGAGAAUUCCUUGGCACAUUGUUGCCUGAGCGCGCCCGCAUUCGUCAGAUUGGUGAAGAAGGAGAAAUUGGAGGAACAGGUCUUUGUCGCCUAUAUUAGGCUAGUGACUGAGCCUAAGGAAGAGAAGCCCGUAGACCCUACUAUUGCCAAAUUGCUGGAAGAGUUUAAGGAUUUAACUAAGCCGCCGACAGGCACGGUGCCACGGCCCAUCCAGCACCGUAUUGAGAUAGAGCCUGGCAGUAGAACUCCUAAGGGUGHUGUAUAUAGGAUGUCCCCGCGGGAGUUAGAGGAGUUACGGAAGCAAUUGGACGAGCUCCUCGAAAAGGGUUGGACUAGGCCCAGUUCGUCUCCUUUUGGAGCCCCUGUUCUCUUUGUCCCUAAGAAAGAGGGAGAGCUGAGGAUGUGUAUAGACUAUAGGGGUCGGAAUGCUAUUACAGUAAAGAAUGCUGAGCCACUGCCUAGGAUAGACGAUCUCUUAGAUCGAGUGCAAGGGGCCAAGUACUUCUCUAAGAUAGACUUAAAGUCCGGAUACCAUCAGAUAGAGGUACAUCCUGAUGAUCAGUAUAAGACAGCCUUCCGGACUAGGUACGGGCACUAUGAGUUUAUAGUGAUGCCCUUUGGACUAACCAAUGCGCCAGCUACGUUCCAGAGUUGUAUGAACGAUUUGUUUACGCCAUGGUUAGAUAGAUUUGUUGUAGUGUACCUAGAUGACAUUCUAGUGUUUAGUAAAACCCUUGACGAGCAUCAGGGUCAUCUCAGGCGGGUCUUGGAGAAGCUGAGAGAAGCUAACUUCAAGAUCAAUGCGAAGAAGUGCGAUUGGGCGAAGACCCAAGUUUUGAAGUUCGUGAGGAACUUCUCCACCAUCGCUGCACCCCUUCGCAGAUUGCUAAGAAAAGAGACAAUCUGGAAGUGGGACAAGGACUGYACGUCUGCCAUGAAGAAGCUAAAGCAGGCGUUGAUAGAGUACCCGGUCCUUAAGGUCGCCGAUCCGUCCUUGCCUUUUGUCGUUACUACRGAUGCUAGCCAGUACGGCAUAGGCGCAGUGUUACAGCAAGACGAUGGCAAUGGCUAUAGACCCGUAGAGUUCAUGUCCGCUAGGAUGCCUUCAGAGAAGGUUGCGACAUCUACCUAUGAGAGGGAACUCUACGCUCUCAGGCAAACAUUAGACCACUGGAAGCACUACUUGCUUGGGAGGCACUUCAAAGUCUAUUCGGACCAUGAAACGUUACGAUGGUUAAAGACCCAGGCCAAGAUGACACCUAAGCUUACUAGGUGGGCCGCAGAGAUAGAUCAGUACGACUUCGAGCUCAAGCCUGUUAAAGGGAAGUACAAUGUAGUUGCGGAUGCUCUGAGUAGGAGAGCAGAUUACUUUGGGGCAAUAGUACAUCACCUCGAUAUAGAAAAGGAUCUGCGGCAGAAGGUUAGAGAAGCCUAUGCACAGGACCCUAUCUAUGGUGAUCUCCUUAAGAAAGUCAAGGAGGCCCCAGAGACCGAGCCGAACUACUGCACUACUGAAGGGUUGCUUUUUGAGAAGACUAAUGUUUUUGACCGAUUGUGCAUCCCCAAUAGCGAAGAGAUCCGCAGUCUGAUCCUGGGAGAAUGCCAUGAAACGAAGGGUCAUUUUGGUUGGCAAAAGACCUUAGCCAAUCUGAUGCGCGCGUAUACCUGGCCAGGGAUGAAGAAUGACCUUAGCCAAUCUGAUGCGCGCGUAUACCUGGCCAGGGAUGAAGAAUGACUGCGUAGAGUAUGUUCGCAGUUGUAAGGUCUGCCAGCGUAACAAGUCUUCUACGCGUGCCCCGUUAGGUC